AUGGCACAAGCGUACCUCCUGCGCAAGGAGCUUAGGACCGUUGGCAACCACCCCCUGAAGGCGGUCUGGGAGGACAACCUCGCUCUUCGGAUCCACAGCAUCCUCGAGUCCAAGGGGGUGAAGUGGACGAGCACGGACGUCGCUCGCAUCGGUUUCGUCGGAGACCUCUGCGGCGAAGACGGUCUCGCGGUUGCCAAGGAGUGCAAGCAGCUUCUCGUGGCGAACGAGAUCCUCGACGUCGAAGUCGAGAUCCGCGAGUCGGUCGUGACCCGCUACGUCGGCCCCACACUCCGGAAGCGCGCCCGCUCCACCCCCUGGGCCGAGGGCACCGGCGGCUUUUACGUCACCGGCGACGACUCCAAGCUCUAUCUCGUUACUGCCCGCCACGUUGUGUUCAAACCAAACCGAGCGGACAACGACACGUACGAGCGUAAGUUCUCCAGUCAGCCUCGUGUCGACGUCGCCCUCUUCGGCACUGCCGCCUUCAACAGCUACGUCAAGCGGAUCAAGCGAGCCAUCGGAGAGAAGGCGAUGAUCCUCGAGUUCCAGGAGAGGCGUGUCAAGGAGGCCGUGGAAGGUCAUGAUGGAAUGGACGCGGACGAGGCUGCGCGGGUGCGCGCUAAUGCGGAGGGACUCGUGAAGGAGGCGAAGGAGGCGAUCGUGGCUUUCAAGAAACUCUGCGACGACGCUACGUCCGCUUCUCCCCUCCCAUCGAACUUGGUGAAGUAUACCCAGGACUACGCCCUCGUCGAGAUCGACAGCUCCAAGAUCGACGCCGCCAGCUUCACCCGCAACGCCAUCGACCUCGGUAACCAGAUCGGGCCCGCCGAGUUCGCUCGUUUGAUGUUCCCCAACCCCGAGAACCGCCACGCCUUCGAGUACCCGACCAACGGCCUCUUCAAGGUCCAGGGUAUCAUCUCAGACGAAGAGAUGCGCCGCCCCACCAUCUUGGACCAGAACGACGAUCCGUGCCUCAUCGUCAUGAAGCGCGGCAAUACCACUGGUCUGACCGUCGGCCGCGCUAACGACAUCCUUUCUUACGUGCGCAACUACUUCGACGACGGCGACACUCAGACCUCAAAGGAAUGGGCCAUCUUCUCUUACGACGACAAGUCCGGCCCCUUCUCCGACGAGGGCGACUCCGGCUCGGGCAUCAUCGACUGCCUUGGACGUCUCGGCGGUCUUCUCACCGGUGGCGAUGGCGUUACCGAGUACUCCAAUGUUACGUAUGCCACCCCCAUCUCCUUCAUCCUCGACAGCCUCAAGGCCAACGGGUACAACGUCACCGUCGAGGCGACUCUCAGCGCCUAG